CUUCUUCUGCCAAACCUCCCACUCUUUCAAUUGCAAUUGUCCUGACUCAACUUAAGCCACAGCCCGUUGCCUGAUUGCUCCUCUUCUCCGUGUGUGAAUUAUCACUUCAACCUACACCAAAAACAGCCCCUCGGGGCUUCUCAUCGGAUUGGCAGCCCGCCGCAAUCGCAAAUCUGCCAGUGCCCGCACCGCAGCAGCGACAGCACCGCAGCACCACCGUCCAGUCGGCAAUGGCGCCCCCUCCUCCUCGCCGGAAUCUACUCCCCAAGGACCGAUUUGCCUUCAACUUUGGGAGUCUAAAGACUCAGAAUUACCAUGAUCCUGUUGCGCGUGGACCGGGAUCUCACACUAUCCGAACAAUCGCCUGGAACCCCACGGGCCAGCUAGUUGCAACUGGGUCCGCCGACCGCACCCUCCGAAUCUGGAACCCCGAGCGCUCGCAAGUCAAAUACUCCACCGAACUGCGCGGCCACACGGCCGGUGUUGAGAAAGUCGUCUUCAACCCCACGCGGGACUCGGAGCUAGCCAGCUGCUCGACGGACGGCACGGUGCGGUUCUGGGAUGUGCGGUCCAAGACGUGCGUGAGCCGGCUGGACGUGGGCACGGAGGCGUUCACGCUGUCCUGGUCUGCGGAUGGGAGCACCCUCAUCGUGGGGAGAAAGGACGACACCCUCAUCCCCAUCUCCAUUGAAUCCCUCUCCACGCCGACGCCCACGACCACCCUCCUCACCGACAAACCCCCCACAGCCGCAGCAGCAACAAUAACCCCCGCAACAAGCAUCUACCGAGUCCUCGAACCCCACCAACAACCCGUGCAGACCAACGCAACGACCUUCUCGCACCACAUCGCCACCGCCGCCGCCCCGGACCUGCACCUCUUCGCCACGACGGGCGAGGGCACGGUCAAGAUCCUGUCGUACCCGAGCUUUUCCCUGCUGCACACGCUGCACGCGCACACCUCGGCGUGCCUGUCCAUCGCGCUGGCGCCGACGGGCCGCUACCUGGCCGUCGGCGGCAGCGACGCCCUGAUCUCGCUGUGGGACACCACUGACUGGAUCUGUCGCCGCACCGUCUCCAGCAGCAACGGCGGCGCCGUGCGCGGCGUCAGCUGGAGCUUCGACGGCCGCUUCCUCGUCGGCGCCUGCGACGAGGUCGGCUGCGGCGGCAACGGCCUCGAGGUCUUCCACGCCGAGACCGGCGAGUCCGUCUACACCGUCCCCGUCGGCGGCAACGCUAACUCCGGUAUCCCCGCCGUCGCCUGGCAUCCCUCGCGGUACUGGCUGGCGUACUCCACUACCGCCGAUGGGAGUGGCCAUGGUGGGUUGAGGAUCGUCGGGGCGGCGGGGGGGAAUCUAUAGUUGCUAAUGCUGCUGCUGCUGCUGCUGCUCAGAAGAUGAAUGUUAUGAUGUUGUGUUGUCGAGAGGCAAUAAGGGGUUUGUUGGUGUAUGACGUCCCUCCAUCGUAAGAGGGUUCUCGUGCCAAACCAACCCUGGUGUUCUCCAGUUUCAAGGCGUUUCUAUGGUGUUGUGUUGUCAAGGCAAGUUUGCUGGUUCUGGUCGCAUAUGGUUCUUGGAUGCUCUCUUUCACUUUGCAUUUCUUUUUUUACAGUUGCGGAUAUGGAACGAAUGUCAUAAGACUUAUUCUGUAAAGAAUAUAGAGAAGUACUUCACG